CUGACUGCAAGCAUGAAGUGUGCUGAACGAAAAACAUGCAACACUGGUUUAGCAAAGCAAUAUAUCUGCUUAAGAACAUGUCCCUGGAUGUAUUCAUGCAAAGUGUCCCCUGAGUUCAUAGAUGCACACAUAACAUAGCAUCACGUUGAAAGAGGAAACACAUGCACAAAUUUGGCGUGAUCUCAUGCAAUGAAUCAGAUACAGCAAGAUGAGUUUGAAACCUGUUUGGAGAAUGCAGAAUCCUGGAUGAAAGCGAUCCACGAGAGACUGAAGAUCAAUGACAAUACCCAGGGACCCAGAUCUGCCCUGGAGGCCAGGCUUCGGGAAACAGAGAAAAUCUGCGACCUGGAGCCUGAGGGAAGGCAACUGAUUGAUAUGGUUCUCAUGAAAGCUGAAACGCUGCUCAAGGAUAGCAGUGAGAAGGAGAAACGCGAGAUCCACAUCAAGCUGGGAAACAUCAAAACGCUGUUUGAGGAAACUACGACGUACAUGACUCACUGCCAUAGUCGUAUUGAGUGGGUAUGGCUCCAUUGGAAUGAGUAUCUGAAAGCACGAGACGAAUUUAUCGUGUGGGUUCACAACAUGACUCUCACUCUGAAUCUGGACAUGGAGAUGCAGCUGGGUCUGAAGGAGAAACGUUGGCAAUUUGAGGAAUCCCAGGUCCUGCUGAAAGACGUAAACAACCAGUCACGACUGCUGAACCGUCUGCUGGAAGAGGCGGCAUAUUUGUACAACAGAAUUGGGGACCCUAGCGUGGACGAAGCGGUCCAGAACGGCAUGAUGGCUGAAUAUAAGCAAAUAAAGAAGAAAGCACAGGAGAGGUUGGCUGCACUGGAAAAGAUAUUGAAAGAGCACGAGGACUAUGAACAGGAUGUCAACGAGUUCCGAACUUGGCUGAACAGCGUGGUCGAAAAACUAAAGUGUUGUGUUGGAGAGCCCUCGAAAAGUACCGAGCAAAGACUCCUUAUGUUGCAGGAAAUCAGCCAGGAUGUACAAGAUGGUGGAAAGCAUUUGGAAAUUCUGGAAGCAAAGUCGGCUGAAGUAAUUAAGAACACAUCCCCGAUGGGAGCAGAGAAAAUUCGAACAGAGCUGGAGGAACUGCGCAACGCACUGGAGAAGCUGAAACUGAUGAACGAUGAAGAGAAAGACAGUCUGGUAUCAUCGCACAACUCUGAGAAUGCCUUCCGGCUCCUUUCCACACAACUAGAAGCCAACAUCAAUGAGUUUAGAAAGACCAUCCAAAGACUAGAAGGAAGUCUGCAGCUCAAGGAACCAGCAAAGAGUGAGGACGAGCUGAUAGCAUUAAGGAAAACCUUAAACGUUACAAUGUUAGCUCUUGCUGAUGAAGAGUCAAAGGCUGAACUUAUCAGAGAUCAGUUGAAGGAUCUAUUUAGGUUCUCCAAAGACGUAGGGCCUCUUUCUGAUAGCGUCAUCACUGCAACGAAGGAGUAUCAACGAGCUAAAACCAAAGCCUUCAGACUGAGCACAGAAACAGAAACAGCGUUACGGCAACUUUUCCAAUAUCCACUUCGGGCAUACCAGCACUGGAAACCUAUAACUGAGAGAGUGCUCGACUCAAUGUCCUCUCAUACAAGUAACAACAGUCUGAACAGUGACUGUUUGCUUCAGGUAGAGAUGCUACUGGAAGAAAGUACUCGUAUUAAGGAGAAGUGUGAACUGCUACAGAUGAAGAAAGAAGAUGUAACCAGCGUGCUCGGGACUGAGAAAGCAUUGUCCCUUCUAAGUGAGGUAGAGACGGCGUCGAAGACGAGAGCAUCUCUUCACAGCGAUCUGCUGCAGAGGAAGAACCUCUUACAGAGUUUAGCUUCACAAAGUAAAGAGUUCGAUUUCAACUUUGAGCUCCUUCAAAAGAGAUUAUCAGCUCUUAGAAUCAAAGCUGCCAAGGAAAAUCAAAUGCAACCAGAUCUUGUGGGAAAAGAGACACAACUGCAGCGACUCCAGAUGCUACAUGAAGAAUUGGUGAAGCUUCAGCCUGAAAUUGAAGAUUUAAAGCCCAUGGCUGAGUCACAUCAGACACACCGGCAUCAAAUUAGCCAGAUGUCCACAGAAUACCUAACACUUCAGAGCUCUCUAGAGGCAAACAUACGUAAAAGCAAGCAAAACAUCAGCAAUCACUGGAUGUUUAACAACACACUCCUAGAUAUUCAGCGAUGGAUCAUGGUAACCAGACACGAGCUGGAAUCCUUUCAGGAUGGCAGUAGAGAAUGGGACAUCGCAUCACGAGAGAGGGAUUCGGAGGUAUUAGUUGGAGAAAUGUCGGAAAAAGAAAUCCAACUGCGCCAGCUUGGGGCUCAUGGUCAGAACGUGAUGGAAAGCUCGUCCCCAGAGGGAGCAGCUCACAUUCAAACUGAACUCAGGCAGCUCAGUGCAUCCUUGGAAGCACUAAUACUGCUCUGGCAAACACUGUCAAGGUCAUUGAAUGAGAAAGAUAUAAACAGGACAGCAGUAGCAUCACCUGGAAAGACCUCACCAUCAACUGCAACCAGUCAUGCUUCACAGUAUGAGCAAGGAGAAAAUCCAUCGAGUGGGGCAUUGCAGCCUGGCGAUAGCUUCAGAUGGUCAAUAAGGGAAGAAAGAUCUGAAGAGGCGGACUGUGUUGAUGGAUUUACUAAGGAAACCAAUCAAGACGAUAACACAAAACAAUCUGACAAGAGUCCAGCCACUGCUAAGAAGCCGAAACCUGGCACUGGAAAUGAUCUGCGGUCAAGAACAAAAGAAAAUACACAAGUAAAACCAAGCACCAUCGGUGGAAAGCCGGGAGACUCUUUAGCAGAGCAUCUCGAUGUUGUAGACUCAUCAUUCGGUCAGACAAGAAAAAAGAAUAAUAAUAAAACUAUAUGUCAUACCGUGACACAGACUGUUGAAGACCAGGCAAGCCUACUUAACAGAUUCGAGAAAUGGCUACAAGUGGAGAAUUCGAAGCUGAAUGUGAUUUCCGCAACCGAUGUUUCUAGCUCCGAGGGUGAGAAAAUGAUGCUGAGUCGGAUGCAGAAGCUGCAGUCACGCGUUCCUCAGGGCGAGCGCCUGUUUGAAUCUCUGCUCCGCUGCAGGCAGUCAAUGGCGGUCACUGACAAGCUGAAGCUAGAGGACUUGAGAUAUCGUUGGAUGCUUUACAAAUGUAAACUGCGAGAAUUGCAGAGUUCAUCGAGUCUGAAACCAUCAGAGGAACCCCGGGGCAUUACAAAGAAACCAUCAGGUGGAGUCUGUUCCUUCCUUCACCGUGUAUGCUGUGCCGCUCUUCCUCUCCAGCUGCUCCUCCUCCUCCUCCUGCUCCUGGCAUUCUUAUUACCGUUUCUGUAUGGGACCCAAAACUGUGCACUUUCCAACAAUUUUGCCCGCUCGUUUAAUCUAAUGUUACGAUAUGAAGGACCCCCUCCCACUUAGUAAGGCAGGUCAGAAUUAUCCUUCUCCACUGUAAAGGCAGCUGUGUUCCCACUGUGUAUAUAGAAGAGUUAGCAUAUGCUAACGUUGGUGUCUUCACUGCCUUCAACAGAGAAGUCUCAGGGGUUUGUUCGCUAAAUUGUAAGUUGUGUUGCAUUGGCACCCAACACGGAAAUUUAAGUUAUAUUGGGACCAAUCUCCAAUGUGGUUCUGCAGACUGUUUUAAUUUUAUUGGAAAAUAAACUCCAAAGUCCCUCUCUCUGUUUAGGCAUUGAAGCGGUUAACAAGAGCAACCAUGUAUAUAACUGUGAUGUAUAUAAAGUGAAGCGGUGGUAUGUUAUAUAUUUUAUACUUUGUAUCACAUUUUAUACAAGAGGUUAAAAUAGACCUUUUUCUUAAAUCUAUAUAUAUAGUGCAAUAUAUUUUAGUAUUGACAAUCACAGAUGCGAAUGCUAGUAAUACGGACAAGAAAGAGUCAGAGUGCAAUGUUCAAAUUUAAGACUUCCAUCUGCUGAGUUCAAAGAUAUCCUGACAACAGGAAGAUAUGAAGGAUCGCGCGGCUUUCCUAACUGCAUUUAACAAACCAUAUUCUUACAGUUAGUACCAACAUUUUAUUAUUGACAGGACGUCCAGGAGAAUUUUCUCCUGAGCGUCACAUCUGAGCCUCAGAUAUGUGUGUGUUCACUGGAUCUGCAGACUGACCGUGUACUGGAUCUGUGCACACUAUGUUCUGGAUCCCUGCAGACUAGGUGUAUACUGAUCUCUGUAUACUACAUAUAUGACAGUUCCUGAGACAAGCUAUAUACUGGAUCUGUGCACCCUGGCUAUGUUCUGGAUCCCUGCAGACUAGGUGUAUACUGAUCUCUGUAUACUACUUAUAUAACAAUUCCUGCAGACAAGCUAUAUACUGGAUCUGUGCACCCUGGCUAUGUUCUGGAUCCCUGCAGACUAGAUGUAUACUGAUCUAUGUAUACUACUUAUAUAACAAUUCCUGCAGACAAGCUAUAUACUGGAUCUGUGCAAACUGGCUAUAUAUACAGAUCUGUGCAAACUGGCUUUAUACUGGCUUUCUGCAGAAUAGCAAUAUACUGGAUAUAUGCAGACUAGCAGCAAAAUAUACCACUAAAGACUAGCUAGAUACUAGAUACCUACAUACUGUGUACUUUGUCUGUGGGCUAGCAAUAUACAGUGUUUCAAAGAUCAGCACGCUCUGGAUAUUCAUCUCCUCAUUAACAGUAUUAUAGAUCUCCAAUUUAAAACUGGAUUUUUGUGCAAUUGAAAUAUACAAUUUAUAGCAGUGUAUUUGCAAUAUACUUGCUAUCCUCAGUAUAACGGAAUAGCUCUGUACUAGAUGUUUAUAGAAUCCACUCUCUUCACUUGCUAUUGAGUAUCAAUCUUACAGAUAAGCUGGCUUUUUGUCCUUCAUCAACAAUUUUUUUUACUUGGCGCUAAUGUUGUUUUAUGUUCUGAACGCAAAGGGUUUAGUAUAUUUCACUGAUAGACCCCUCCAAUAACUUUAAAUGCAGAAAGGUUGCCUGCUUCAUAACCCCUUUUUUACUGGCAAAAUUGUAACUUGAGAAAUCGUUCAGUUAAAAAAAACAAGUCAAGCCUCUGCAAGGUGUCACUUAAUGUGCCUGUUAUUACUGCAUUACCAGCUUUAGUAGACAGUAAAACAGGAAAAAAAGAAAAUAAAUGGCUAGAAACUGCGAAAGUGGAAAAGCUGGUGUUUUUGCGAGAGAUAAAAGCAGGGCACAGCUUAUUGAAAGUCUAGUAACUGCUAUAUUGUAUGGAGAAUAGUUUGACUUCAUUAUUUUAUGUAACUCGAGUAACUACUGAAAAAAACGGUUUCACGACACGUCCUGGAAAUUUAAUUAGUGCUGGCGACUAUUCCCCGAAAGCUGCACAUUUCCCUAAAAAUGACCUAACUUUAGAGUGACAUAAAUAUGAUGCAAUUUACAGCAAAUUACUGAGCAGAUUUAUUGUUUUACACUUGUCUUUAGAUAUUUUUUUAUUGUUAUAACUUUUGCAUAGUAAAAAAAGGGUAAAAAAUAACCAUCCC